AUGGACAAAGAAGGCAAUGGCUUCUUACUAAUUAUUCUACUAAUUAGAAUGGCUCCAAGUCUUUCUUCUGCUGUCAAUGAUACUGACCCCACACUAGAACCUAUAGCAACUGAAAAUCCAGCAAUCCGCCAGAAGAUAGUUGAUUCCCAGUUCAAAUGCUACGAGAGGAUGAACAGAGAGCUGCCUUAUGCACAAAAAGGUCUGUUCUGUAACCGUACGUGGGAUGGAUGGCUCUGUUGGGAUGACACACCUGCUGGAGAAGAAGCUGAGCAAAACUGCCCGGAUUAUUUUCCAGACUUUGAUCCGACUGAGACAGCCUCGAAGACCUGUGAUGAGAAUGGAAACUGGUACCGGCAUCCUGAAAACAACCGAACUUGGUCUGAUUACACACGGUGCAAUUCCUUCACAAAUGAAAAACGGAAGAUGAUAAUGAUACUGUAUUAUAUGGCUAUAGUAGGACAUGCAUUAUCUAUAACUUCCCUACUGAUUUCCUUGGGGAUUUUCUUCUACUUCAAGAGCCUCAGCUGUCAGAGGAUAACACUGCACAAGAAUUUGUUUUUUUCUUACGUUCUCAACUCUGUGUUUACACUCGCCUACCUCAUCGCUGUCGUGUCUGAACCAGGCCUGGUAAAAAAAGAUCCAGUAAGCUGCAAAGUGCUCCAGUUUUUUCACCAGUACAUGCUGGGCUGUAACUAUUUCUGGAUGCUCUGUGAAGGCAUUUAUCUUCAUACACUCAUCGUAGUGGCGGUGUUUGCUGAAGAGCAGCGUUUGCAUUGGUAUUACCUCUUGGGCUGGGGCUUUCCUUUAGUGCCAGCAUCAAUCCAUGCUGUGGCAAGAGCAAAAUACUUCAAUGAUAACUGCUGGAUGAGUGUUGACACUCAGUUGCUGUAUGUCGUUCAUGGGCCAGUGAUGGCAGCUUUAUUGGUCAAUUUUUUCUUUCUGCUUAACAUUGUCCGAGUUCUUGUCACAAAGCUGAGAGACACGCAUCGGGCUGAGUCCAACAUGUACAUGAAGGCUGUCCGAGCCACUUUAAUCCUCGUGCCCUUGUUAGGGAUUCAGUUUGUCAUUAUUCCUUGGAGACCAGAAAACAGACUUGCUGGAGAAGUCUAUGAUUACGUCAUGCACAUAUUGAUGCAUUACCAGGGUUUACUUGUGGCAACCAUUUUCUGUUUCUUCAAUGGAGAGGUCCAAGGAGCUUUGAAAAGGCAAUGGAUGCAGUAUAAAACCCAAUGGGGUCAAAGACGCCGAGAACAUUGCUCUACGCGAUCUACCUCCUACACAGCAACAUCUAUCACAGAGGUCCCCAUUUACCUGUAUCCCCAUGACUCCAACAGUGAACAGUUUAAUGGAAAGUAUAUAGAUGACUCUGAACUUGUUGCAUUAAAAUCUGGAGAGACAUCAACCUAGCUUACAGAAAGGGGAUACGGUUUUCUGUUUGUGCAGAAACCGGGAGGAGAAGACUUCAAGGCCAUUGCAAGAGCAGGCUCUGUUAAAUGACAAGAUGCGUCAUAUGUAAACUACAGAAACUCUGCUUUCUGCUGGUGACAACUUCAAGAGAGUCUGAGAGGGAAGAAAGACAGGAAUAGAGAGAGAGGUGUUCACUGGAUGCAGUUGCCAUGGAGGAAGGACCAAGGCUGAGCUACUCAGUGGGAAGAAUGGAAUUUCCCCAGUUCCAGAAC